AUUAAAUUUCAAAAGAAAGUGGAUAUGGAUGAUAAAAUUAUACGAUUUUAUGGACUUACAAAAACGAAAGUCUCAGUAUUUGAUCGUAAUCUUAGUUAUGUACUGGUUUUAGAAUUUGCAGACAGUGGUAUUCUAAGAAAUUAUUUACAAGCAAACCAAAAUUUUAGUUGGUUCGAUAAACUCCAUCUAGCUCAACAACUUGCCGAUGGUAUUAUGCACGCUGAUGUUGUACAUAGAGAUCUUAAUUCAAGUAAUAUUCUUAUUCAUAAAAAUAAUAUUAAGAUUUCUUAUUUUGGGAUUUCCAGAUGUUUAGCUUAUGCAACCGAUACCAAGUCAAAUACAGCUGAAUGCUGGCAUGAUGAUCCGGGAAAGCGUCCUAAAAUUGACCAA